CGCGACUGCUUGGAAAUGUUACUGUUUGAAUAAAAUAGGGAUUGGCUUGGCACCGCAUAAAGAAAUUGGGCGCGAAAAAUGGCAUUCAUUAUUGGAGGUAACCGAAGCAUAACCCUUUGGAGUGUAUACCGUGUGCUAGCAAAGUUAAAAAAAAGCUGCCCCCUCCUCAUCUAAGUCAUCUUGUUAUUGAGUUCGAAACGUUUUAUUGGAAGUGUGCUUACCCUCUCAUUCUCAUAUGACUUACGAGUCACGACUAGAGAACAUUCAGAACACAUACACAGCCAUACGAUUUGUAUAUCGCUUCCUUGCUCUCAGAUUUUGAGUGUUAACUUCGUUUUAAAUACUGUGGAAAAUUUUAGUUUUGUGCAUUGAUUGGACAUGGCAAAGCAAAAUGAUGAUCUGCGCGAAGCUUGUUCGAAACUGAGAGAAAUUAUCACUAAAAACCAGAUUCGAUUGGAUGCCAUACAGAAAGAAAUUGAAAAAUCUAAGAAGCCUAGUUCGACAAUCAGUAAUUUACAAAUUCAACAAGCUGGUCCUAUUGCAGCAUUCGAAACAAGGAAGCAGGGUCUAGCUUCCAUGCAAGAAGGACUUACAGUGUCUGAUUGCCAGCCCAAUUUUCCAGACAAUAAGAUGAUUUUGAUUAAAUUAGCUAGAUUGUGGCAAUCACGUUCAAAAACAGAAAUCCAAGAGCUAUUAGUGGAAGAAAAACUAAAGCAGGCUUCACUAAGGGCAGAGAGAGAGAGAGCUGUGAAUUGUUUAAAUGAAAACAAACAAUUAUUAGAGGUUCACUUAAAGGAGAAAAGGAGUCUUGAAAAUAAAGAAGAAGAGCUUGAGGAAGAGAGGGUUUCAGAACUGAAAGAAAAAUUGGAAAACGCGAAAAGACAGUAUGGGGAAAUGAAGAAUAAUUUGAAAAAAACAGUUGGAAAAUAUUUUCCUGAGCCAGAAAUCCCUGGAUUCACUGGAGUAUACUCUCUUUUGAAUGACUUGACUAAACGCCUUUUAAACGGAGAACGAGAUGCGUACGUUGAAGUACAAAACACUUGGCCUUAUUACUUGGAAACAUUGGAAGCAAAUGGAAUCAUUGAGUACCACCCGACUGAUCGCUCAAAAGUAAGAGUUAUUGAUUUUUCGGAUGGUCGACUUGGUAAAACUGAUUGAUUCAAAAAAUGUUUCAAAUUUAAAAAAAUGUUUCAAAUUACAAAUAAAUUGCUAACACAGCC